AUAGAUAGAUAGAUAGAUAGAUAGAUAGAUAGAUAGAUAGAUAGAUAGAUAGAUAGAUAGAUAUGUAUAUUUGAAUAUAUAUGGGCUGGUGUGAGCCCUUUGACUCUCAGCAGUUUCAAACGCCAUGGCUUGAAAGAGGCAGUCUGUAUUGAAGUGGUCGCUUCCUCUAAUUCAGUUUCAGUAGUUCAAUCAUGUGUCUUUAGUCUAUUAGCCCAAAGCCGUCAAGCAUCAAACAGGAGCGUUCACUCAGCCAGACAGCACUCCCUGAGGAACCAUGGGACAGAACGAAGACUAUUACUAUUCUUAUUACAACGAAUCCUAUACUGACUACCCAGAACAAACCCACACUGACUCGGAGCCCUGUAAACUAGACAGCACCUGGAGAAUCAACCAGUCCUUCAUGCCGGCUGUCUACUCCGUGAUCUUCCUGCUAGGGCUUCUGGGAAACCUCCUGGUGCUGGCGGUGGUCUCUCGCUACAAGCGGCGUGCGUUCUCCCUGACGGACACCUUCCUGGUUCACCUCGCCGUGGCAGACCUCCUGCUGGUCGUCACCCUGCCUUUCUAUGCCGUCCAGUACACCAGCGGCUGGAUCUUCGGCUCCGUGGCGUGCAAAAUCACCGGCUGGAUCUUCUCCGUGAAUUUAUACAGCACCGUUCUCCUCCUGGCCUGCAUCAGUUUCGACCGCUACUUGGCCAUCGUCCACGUGGUCCAGCUCUCCUGGAGACAGAACUCGUGGUACGCCCACGUGGCCUGCGCCGUCAUCUGGGCGGUCUGCUCGGGCCUCUCCGUGGUCGAUUUCUACUUCCACCGGGUCCUGAAGCUCAAGCAGCUGGGCGGGGCCAGCGUCUGCAUGAACGACUUCGACUCCCAGAGCGCCGACCACUGGAAAGCGCUGCUGCACAUGCUUAACCUCGUCCUCGGGUUCGCUCUGCCCCUCCUCGUCAUGCUCUAUUGUUACAUCAUGAUCUUCCGCUCUCUGUGCCACACCCCCCGCUUGCAGAAGCAGAAAUCCCUCAAGGUGAUCGUCUCCAUCGUGGUGGCCUUCAUUCUCUGCUGGGCGCCCUACAACGCUUUGCAAUUGGUCGAAGGCUUGGUGAGGGUGGAGGCGAUUGGCCGAGGGUGCGCGCUGGAGAAGGCCCUGGAUGUUGGGAUUUUGGUGACCCAGAGCUUGGGGCUGGCGCACUGCUGCCUCAACCCGCUGCUGUACGCGUUCGUGGGCGUGAAGUUCAGGAAGGAGCUGGCGCGGUUGUUUAAGAGCUUAGGGGAACUGUGUCGCCGUGGCCAAAGGUUCAACUCCAGGAACGGGAGCAGCAGCAGUUGCAGCAGGCUACACAGAUCCAGAAAAAAUACCAGCUCAAGAAACUUCAGCUCAGACAGCGAGACUUCCACCACUGCUUACUCCGUGAUGUUCUGAAGCCUGGUGGCCCAACGACCUCCAUACCAUUCUAGACCACAGGCCAACAUACAGCAGUGUGCAAAUGUAUUAGAGCACCUCAAGAUUUGUCAUUGAUCUCCUUUAUAGACCCGCCUGCAUGAAAACCUCAGAGUGUGAGAAUUUCAAUUUCCGCUAUUAGUGAUAGAGAAACAACAGGCUCUCAGAUGUGUGAAAAUGUUAGACCGCUUUGUGCUUUAAUUAAUUAGACCUCUUAAACAACUUCUAUAAAGCAUCAUUCUUUUUUUAUCA